UCUAGUGUAGAUGUUUAGGGGAGCACACUCUGUUCUCAGAUGAAAAACAUGAAAUGAGAGAAAAUAUUUAUAAAAGUCGUAUUCUUUCAGGUUAAUGUGUCAUUACUUCGGCAGUUGGUAAUUUAGUUCGAAUACACUAAAAAAACAUUUUAUCUAAAUUAAGCGCUUACCAUGUAUUAAGUUGAUGUAAUGUUUAAUAACUUCAAGGUGAUUAUUUAGGACAUGCAGGGGCGGAUGUAGUGAUACAGUGCUUUAGGUAAAGAAAUCUUGGAAAGUAUCUGCAAAAAUGGUUGAACAAAAUUCUGUCUUGAACAAUGCUGAUGAUGAUGCUGCGGCAUCACAGGAUCUCUCUUCUAGUCAGCAAUUCGUUAAUGAUGAUACAACUUUGGCACAUGAUAUUAUAUCAGCCAAUCAGCAGGCAAGAGAUAAGCCAUGUGACCAAACCUCAGAGAAGGAUGAGUCAAUCGUUGUUGAGCAGGAAGUACAGAAAGCACCAGAUGGAGGCUGGGGAUGGUUCAUAGUUGUUGGGUCAUGUUUGGUUCAUGUGGGUUUGAACGUUCCAAUGGAGUUAUGUAUCUUCAGCUGCUGUCAAAAUAUGGUCACAGUGCAACUGCAACAUCCUGGGUACUGUCUGUCUUCUCCACUCUCAGACUUGCUAUGGGUAAUUUUUAUAUGUCAAGAUGAUUGCAUGCCAACAAGAAACAGAUAUUCUGCUGUCUACUGACUUUUUAGCCAGGCUUUUUAGCUCACCUGAGCAAUGCUCAGGUGAGUUUUUCUGAUCGCUCGAUGUCCGGCGUCCGUCGUCUGUCGUCCGUCGUCUGUCAACAUUUAGCUUGUGUAUGCGAUAGAGGCUGUAUUUUUCAAUUAAUCUUCAUGAAUAUUGGUCAGAAUGAUAACCUUGAUGAAAUCUAGGCCGAGUUCGAAAAUGGGUCAUCUCGGGUCAAAAACUAGGUCACUAGGUCAAAUCAAAGAAAAACCUUGUGUAUGCGAUAGAGGCUGUAUUUUUCAUUUAAUCUUCAUGAAUAUUGGUCAGAAUGAUAACUUUGAUGAAAUCUAGGCCGAGUUCGAAAAUGGGUCAUCUCGGGUCAAAAACUAGGUCACUAGGUCAAAUCAAAGAAAAACCUUGUGUAUGCGAUAGAGGUGGUAUUUUUCAAUUAAUCUUCAUGAAUAUUGGUCAGAAUGAUAACCUUGAUGAAAUCUAAGCCGAGUUCGAAAAUGGGUCAUCUGGGGUCAAAAACUAGGUCACUAGGUCAAAUCAAAGAAAAACCUUGUGUAUGCAAUAGAGGCUGUAUUUUUCAAUUCUUCUUCAUGAAUAUUGGUCAGAAUGAUAACCUUGAUGAAAUCUAGGCCGAGUUCGAAAAUGGGUCAUCUCGGGUCAAAAACUAGGUCACUAGGUCAAAUCAAAGAAAAACCUUGUGUAUGCGAUAUAGGUGGUAUUUUUCAAUUAAUCUUCAUGAAUAUUGGUCAGAAUGAUAACCUUGAUGAAAUCUAAACCGAGUUGGAAAAUGGGUCAUCUGGGGUCAAAAACUAGGUCACUAGGUCAAAUCAAAGAAAAACCUUGUGUAUGCAAUAGAGGCUGUAUUUUUCAAUUCUUCUUCAUGAAUAUUGGUCAGAAUGAUAACCUUGAUGAAAUCUAGGCCGAGUUCGAAAAUGGGUCAUCUCGGGUCAAAAACUAGGUCACUAGGUCAAAUCAAAGGAAAACCUUGUGUAUGCGAUAGAGGCUGUAUUUUUCAAUUGAUCUUCAUGAAUUUUGGUCAGAAUGAUUGCCUUGAUGAAAUCUAGGCCGAGUUCGAAAAUGGAUCAUCUCGGGUCAAAAACUAGGUCACUAGGUCAAAUCAAAGAAAAACCUUGUGUAUGCGAUAG